AUGAAUGGGAAUGUUACAUACGGUGUAUCCCGGACCCGAACGGACCACCUGUGCUGCCCCCGCGAACCACACGGCGGUAAUACAUGUCUUUUGUCGUUCUUGCCACGUACCUCCCCCACUGUUGUCGUCUGCUGUAAUGUUGGCGUCGCCACUGCUGCCGCCGAUGCAGGCUGUGCCGACCCUGCCGCCGCCCUGCUGCUGCACAACCAGUACCGUGCACGGCACGGGUCGCCGGCACUGGGCUGGGACAACACCCUCGCGCAGCAAGCAAAGAACUGGGCCGCCAACCUGGCGCUAAACAACAGCUGCGGUUUGCAUAACGAAGGAGUCACCGGCGAGAAUUUGUACACGACGUCGACCUCAAGCCAGACAUCUCCCCUCAAUUGCAGUAGGGCAGUGGAAGCAUGGUACGGCGAAAUUUCGCUGUACAAGUUCACGAGCACACCGUACACUGACAAUCCAUACUCGAUUAUUGCGCGCUUCACUCAAGUCGUGUGGGCUUCGACGGCGCAAGUCGGCUGUGCUGCAGCGCGAGGCAUGAACUGUUAUGUGGUUGUUUGCUAUUAUGCACCACCGGGAAAUAUUAUUGGAGAUAGCUACCUUCUGGCGAACGUCUUUCCCCCCGUCUCUGCCCGCCGAUCACUUGAAGUGGACAUCGCUUCUGUUGAAGACGUGCUGCCCACCGGCAGUGACAGGGAUGGACGGGUGGUCAUUACGUCCGUCGCUUAA